CGUAGAUGUUAGUCCAUGUCGCUUCCACGAUAGCUCCAAAACUCGUUUAAGGUCCACACUAUCUGAAAAUGCGAGAUUGUCUCGAACAACAUGCUUGUCGUCCGAAAAUGUGCUAGUUAAGUUUGGCACAAUGCACUGCUUAAAAAGAUUUUCCUGAAACUGACUCCGGCUGUUAUGGAAGAUCUUACGCUCGCCUCUCGGCAUCAGUGCCUCACAUACAUGCCAAUCAUUGAAUUGCAGCCCGCUUCAGCUUCCGAAUCCGACGGUUUCCUCAACAAUGCUAUCAGCCUGCAAGACGAGCCAAGGUAUCGCAGCCGAUGCUAUAUCAUUUGCCUUGUUCUCGGCACGGCGGGCGUCCAAGUUGCCUUCUCCAUACAGUUCUCAACUGGCAUUUCCUACUUUGAGUCUCUAGGAAUCACCAAGUCUGUUUCCACUCUGAUCUGGUUCGUCCCUCCAGUGUGCGGUGCCUUCCUGCAGCCCCUAUUCGGCAGAUGGAGCGAUAAAUUCCGCAAACGUAAACCAUUUAUAUCAUUUGGCGGUGUGGGGCUCGUCAUCGCUUUAAUUGGCUAUGCUUGGAGCCCCGAGUUGGCCGAGUUAUUUCCUGGGCGCAGCCAGCCGCACAAACCGGCUCCAGCGGCUGCUCCGCUCGCUUUGUUCUUCUUCGUCGUGCUCAAUGUCUCUGUUCAACCAGUGCAAUCGGGGUUGCGUGCGCUGGUCGUCGAUAAGUGCCACGCAAGCCAGCAGACGGAGACGAAUGCCUGGGCAAGCCGCGUUAACCACGUUGCGAGUAUGAUAUCCUAUCUGGCAGCUACGACUGAUUUGGCAGGUAGAUUUCCUGUUGCUUCUACCCAAAUACAGGCUUUGGUUGUUUUGAGCAUCAUCGUCAUUAUAGCCUCCUUGGUCGUCACUUGCUGUACGGUGGCAGAAUCUCCAAAUAUUGACCUUGCAUCCGAAAGAGGAGUAGCAAGCGCAGAUGCAGGAGCUACGUGGAGACUUCUCUCUUCUAGGUUGCGACGCAUAUACUUGGCCCAGUUUUUUUCAUGGUUCGCUUGGUUUCCUCUUCUCGUACAGAUUACAAGUUUCAUAAUUACUAUGAACUGCCCCCUUACGCCUCCAAGCAGAAUGCCAGACGUGGGAAGAAAAUGUGAGGCAGCUGGUGGUGCAUCGGCUCUAUUCAGUCAAUCCUGUGUUGCACUAUUAAUGGCAUUCAUCCUGCCCGUAUUAACGAGUAGGGCGUCUUCCACUUGGGGAAAGCUGAAACAUUUCUCUAACCAUGGUCGCGCGGGUUCAGAACACAACGUCCUCCAGGCACUGUGGUUUGCUUCUCAAAUGCUUUUUGCGGCCCUUGUGUCCACCGUGUUCUACGAGUCUCGUCUUCUGACAAUAUUAUCUGUUGCUCUUACGGGAAUAUGUUGGUGUGUGACGCAGUGGGUUCCCUUCGUCCUAGCCAACGAAGAAGUGAUCAAGAUUGAGGAAAGCAGGAGGCUGGCUGGUAUGGAAUCUUGUACCGGCGCACUGCUUGGCGCACACAACACCUUUAUAGCCUUGCCGCAGAUACUGGCUACGGGAGCUUCAAGUCUAUUGUUUGAGAUGCUGAAAGCUAUUGGGCUCUCAGACCCUCUCGGCGACGUUUUGUGGGUUUUCUCUAUGAGCGUUUGCAUGUCUUUGAUAUCUGCGUAUUUGCUUUGGAGGCUGUAGGCCUACCAUAGGUAUAACUUUGCAGGUACUCUCUGUACCCCACCAAUAUGAUGCGAC